AUGCGGCACAAGACUCUUUUUGUGGAGACCGGCGGUGGGAAGUCCUUGAGCUUUGCACUUCCAGCGUAUGUUCAACCGGAAAGCUGCACGGUUGUUAUACAGCCUACAAAAUCGUUGCAAAUCCAUACCAAAGCAGCUCUAGAAAGCCUCAACAUAUCUGUCCACAUUUAUAACUCCUCAUACCCUCAUGCUUCUACCUCUGUGGUAUUAGUGAUACCCGAAGCUCUGUCCUAUAAAGAGUGGCAGGCUUUCGCACAUAGAAAGCGAAUACGGUACGAGUUCGACAGGGUUAUAUUCGACGAAGUCUACGACAUGCUCUUGUCUAGCGAGGGAUGGAGACCAAAGUUGCCGGUCCUCCACCAGGCCAUAGAUCAGAUUUCGCACAGGCAACUUUUCUUGACCGAGACUCUGCCUCCGUCCCAACAAGACCGCUUCCUUAGGCAGCUCCGGCUAAAUAAGCUCUCACAUCCUAAAGAACUAACCAUCUUGCGCAACAACACCACGCGGGAUAAUCUCAGAUAUGAGUAUAUCGAUUACGACGCUAUAAAGAAUACGUGCCUUUCAAAGAUAGGCUCUGGAUCUAAAGACGUGGACGGGUUCGAAGGUGAAACAGAAUCCCCCAGAAAGGCUGUCCGAUUCAAAGCUCUGUCAUGUCGCUCCACGCCGAUCAGUACCCUGUUCAACUUCCGCGACGCCCUCUAUGACUACGCCGUCUCGUUCGGAUCCUUACCGAACCUAACAUCUUUUACUUCAUAUGCGCCUUGCCAGCCCAUUAACAACUGGCUAUGCAACAAGGCCGUGAAGGCGAAGAUAGCUUGUGCGCUUUUCGCCAUUAUCGGGGCUUGGGUGGUGAAAUGCGCGCAAUAGCAACAGCUACGAAUGUGAUGAUUCCAAUUUCACCAACGGCCCUAGCGAUUCCACUUUACAACAUACACUUUUCUCACUAUACACUUUCCCACUCAAGCAUUACCAGGCACGACUGAUACCAUACAUACAACACAACAACCAAUAGAAGAGUCAAAGCUCCGCGUUGAGUACUGACAGAGUACCUAUAAUACUAUAUGAAAACAGCAAAGACUAUUACCGAAGACGAAAUUGGCGGCAACUGAUGGUGCCGUCAGAAACGUGGCAUUCUAGGAACGCUGCGAGGAGUUCCAGGGGUGCCGCGUCGCCGGCACUCAUAGCAAAUCAAGAGAGCCUUGGAUGUUAAACAGGAUAUAGUCAUUAGCGAUAGGAACACUGACCUCCUUGUGCAAAGAAGCUCAAAUUCAAAUUUAAACAGCCUGUGGGUAUGUACGAGUUAUUGAAGACCGUAACUUGAGAAGCAAUGGGGAUCAGAUGGCC